AGAAAAGCAACCCAGUCAAAUGACUGGAGUGCAGAGUAAAGUGUCAGAGUGAGACCUCUAGUGUUCUCCAAGUUGGACGCGGCACCUCUUGGCUUCUUUAUUUUUUUAUUAAUUUUUCCUGGUAACAACACCAUGUUUGCUAUCAGAAGUGCUCUCCGCCUCGGUACCAAGUUGUCCAUCCCUGCGUUGGCGAGGCGAGGAUGUGCUGGAGCUGCUAUCCCGGUGGACGACGUGGUGAACGGACUCACGGACGAACAGAUUCAGCUCAGGCAGACUGUUCGUAAAUUCUGUGCAGAAAAACUUGCACCCCAUGCUGACGAGAUAGACAGGAAGAAUGACUUUGGAGGAAUGCGGGAAUUCUGGAAAGAUAUGGGUGAGAUGGGACUGCUCGGCAUUACUGCUCCAGUGGAAUUCGGAGGCACUGGAUUGGGCUACCUGGAUCACGUCAUCGUUAUGGAGGAAAUCUCUCGAGUGUCAGCGGGUAUCGCUCUCAGUUAUGGUGCCCACUCCAACCUCUGCGUCAAUCAGAUGGUGCGACAUGCCAAUGAGAAGCAGAUGGAGAAGUACAUGCCAAAAUUAAUCACAGGAGAACAUGUGGGCGCUUUGGCCAUGAGCGAAAACAACUCUGGCUCUGAUGUUGUGUCCAUGAAACUCAAAGCAGAGAAGAAAGGUGACUACUAUAUUCUCAAUGGCAACAAGUUCUGGAUUACAAACGGACCAGAUGCUGAUGUCCUCAUUGUGUAUGCCAAGACUAACCCAGGGGCCUAUCAGAGAGGCAUUUCAGCUUUCAUUGUUGAGAAGGGGAUGCCGGGUUUCUCCACAGCACAAAAGCUGGACAAACUGGGCAUGAGGGGUUCGAACACUUGUGAGCUGAUUUUUGAAGACUGCAAAAUACCUGAGGAGAACAUCCUGGGUUCAUUGAACAAGGGCGUUUAUGUGAUGAUGAGUGGUCUGGAUCUGGAGAGGCUGGUACUCGCCGCUGGACCUGUCGGCAUCAUGCAGGCAGUUUUGGACCACGCUGUCCCCUAUCUGCACGUCAGAGAAGCUUUUGGGCAGAAGAUUGGACACUUCCAGCUGAUGCAAGGCAAGAUGGCUGACAUGUACACCAGGAUGAGCUCCUGUAGGCAAUAUUUGUACAACGUGGCCCGGGCCUGCGACAGAGGACACUUCAACGCCAUGGACUGUGCUGGAGUGAUCCUGUACUGUGCUGAGAACGCCACCCAGGUGGCGCUGGAUGGCAUUCAGUGUUUGGGCGGUAACGGCUACAUCAACGAUUACCCCAUGGGACGCUUUCUGCGGGACGCCAAGCUGUACGAGAUCGGCGCGGGCACGAGCGAAAUCCGUCGUCUUAUUAUCGGACGAUCCUUCAACGCCAUGUUCAAGUAGGAACACCUCUUCGUAUCCUUACGGCCUUAACUUGUUUGACUUAUUGCUGACUCAUCAUGUUGGAGAAUCUGUUUAUGUACAGCAGAUGUAAUUAUGCAGUGUAAAUGUCCAUAGUUGGAAUAAAUAAAUCUUAUUCAUUUUCCAUAUCAAGCAUUUGCUGUUAUUACCAAAAUGCUGUAAUGUUAAAAGUUGUUAUAUUGUCCUGUUACAUUACAUUUCUGCAAUGAAAUGGAAUUAAUGUUGAACCUUUUCACCCAAUGUUUGUAAUACAUACGUACAUACAUUAACUACUACUACUUGCAAAAACCAAUAAGGACAAGUUAUUCCUGAUCCAUUGGUAUGAGACUAAAAUAGCACAGACUGAGGAUGGAGGACAUUUUGUGUUUAGUUGCGCUGCUGGAUUCAAACCCAGAACACCAAUAUUGACUUUCUCCAGCCUUCCAGACAUUUAUCGCCACACUUAACCAAUUACGAUUGUACUUUGUUGACAAGUCCGCCUUCUACCAUGCAAUGCAAACUCCAAUGCAACACUCGUUUGGCUUUUUUUUUUUUUUGGUAGGAAACCACUUAAAGAAUAGUUAAUCUUGAAGAGUCUCACUUUAAACCAAUUAUGUUGACAUAUUUCUUGAUGGAUUGGAAAUAUGUAGAUGUACAAUAUGUAUGAAAAUUGUUUGCAAUAAAAUCUUUGUGUUAUUUACAUAGAUGCAACUUAAAGUAGUUAUACAGAACAGUAUAAUAAAUACAUUUUCAAACCUAAAUAUUAUUGCCGCAUUAUUUUAGCCAGCAGUCACAUUAGCGAAGGCUCCAUUCUAUUAAGUGCUGUGGAGGGGGCCAUGAUGCUAAAGAGGAGCUUGCACCCAAAAUGGAAUGCAUUCAUGAAUAAUGGAACUACACUGUGGCUUUUUCCUGCUUUCAAAUGUGCGCGCACACACACGCAUUGCACCUAUAAAGAGAGGAAAACAGUGACGUGUCACAUGACACACUCCCUAAUUACUGAUAUUAACUGGCAUGCAGUAGAGUCUUGGGUUCUAUUUUAGCCUGAUUUGCCAUUAUUUUGACAUAAUGGUCACACAAGUAUAAAAAGAACUUAAACAAUAUACCGUAUUUUCCGGACUAUAAGUCGCACUUUUUUUCAUAGGUUGGCUGUUCCUGCGAUUAUACUCCAGAGCGACUUAUAAAUGAAAAAACUGUUUAUGUUACAUUAGCAUAUCUUACAUCCAUUCAGCCUGUUCUCUAUUCUUUUAUUGUCCAGUGCGACUUAUAUGUAUGUUUUUUUCUACCGAAUUAUGCAUUUUUGGC